AUGGAAGCGGACGUCGGAUUUUGCUUCCCCAUCAGGGAGCUCACCAGCGCGUUGGUGAAACUUAAGCUGUUCGAUCCAGUCCGCCACUCGAAGACGUUCAUCGAGCAGACAGCCGAUAAGCCGGAGAUAUUUGCUCAUAUGCCGAUCGGGCCAUUUGCAGAUGUCGAAGAGUUCCAGACCAAGUACUUCUACCCGCAGGUGUGCAGGAGUAACACCAGAGUGGCCUUUGCCAUCAUAGACAAGACCAAACCAGGCCCGUCGGAAGAUGGAGGAGCUUUGGCAGGAAUUGUGACAUAUUCCUACGCCUCGGUGGAUAAUCAACUGCUCGAGAUCGCGUUCAUGGUCGUCUUCCCGGAAUUUCAGCGGACGCAUGUGACGACUCAUACGAUAGGACUGAUGCUGCAGUAUGCACUGGAUCCUCCCGACGGCAGUGAUCCGGCAAAGGGGGGGCUAGGCUUGCGCAAAGUGCUUUGGCAGACUGCGACGACGAAUGCAGCCUCCCGGGCAACGGCUAGGAAGAUGGGAUUCGAGCAGGAAGGGAUUCUGCGGUGGGAUCGAGUGUUUCAUGACGCCGUGCAGAGAAAGAAGCAAGGCAAUGGCAAGGAGAUGCCAGCUCACGCAGACAAGAAGGCCGUGGGUAGAGACACAGUGUACUGUGGACUGUGUUGGGAUGAGUGGGAAGACGGGAAGAGGCAGAUGGUCCAGCAGCUGAUGGACGGCUUUUUGCACAAAUAA